AUGGAAAGAAAUCUUCCACCUAAAAAAGAAGAAACGGAAGAAGAAGAAGAAACUUCUGAUGAAGAUGAGGAAGAGGAGGAGGAGGAAAGUUCUGAAGGAGGGAAAGAUGAAGCUGGAUAUGUAGCUAUUGGGGAUAUAGAUACUGGGUCUAUUAAAGUAGAUAAGAAGAAAAAUAAUAAAGAAGAUUUGGGAGAAGGAAAGAAGAAGUUACAAACAAAGGGAAAAGAACAACCAAAAGGCCAAACAUCUGAAAUGGCAACAAUAACUUCUAAUUAUAAUGCUGAUACUUCAACUGUUAAUGCUCAAAGCAAAACUUCUAUUGCAACGAAAACUGAUGCAAAUUAUAAUAGUGAAAUUUGUAUGACAACAAAGUCAAUAAUGCCAAAGGAGGAUUUGAAGAAGAAAAAGAAGAAAUAAUAAUUAAGGAGAUAAAUGUAUUGUACAAAAUUAAUUAUGUAUGUAUUUAGUAUAUAAAAUUAAAAUCUGUGUAUAUUAAUAUCAAAAUUUUUUUUUUAAUAAUUUGAUUGUAUAUCUUUGUUUCAUUGUAAUAAAUAGUGUAUUUUGAGAAUUUUUCCAUUGUUUUAGUAAAUUAUAGUAGAUUGUAAAUUAUACCUCAAUUUCAAAUUAUUUUUACGUAAUAGAUAUCGGGAAUAUCAGGGAUUUUGAGGGAUGAUGAAGUAUGAGGGAUAUUGGUGGAUCGGACGGAUUAAAGGGAUCUAAAUGGGUAUGGGGGGUUAAGUGGGGCCCGCAAAGUUUGCGACGUUUCA